CCAAAUGAAAAAUUUAAACCUUACUGUAUAUACACACUGCCCUGUCUGGCGCCUAGACAAGUGAGCCGUAUGGGUCCCAGAUCAUGAUUACCCCAGCCGGUUUCCUUUCCCACCCUCCUUUAUUGCUCCCGAGUCCCGAGAGACUAAAGUCAUGAAAAACAAACAAAACCUCCAUUCAAAUUACACAGUAGCCAUCUCUGGUGCGAUGGUGUGUUUUCGGGCAACCAACACCUGGCCUAGAUUCAUGUUUAGCCCUGAUGUGUGCGUUCCAAACCUAUCAACGUCGUCAUUUUCCCCCUCCCCUCUUCUGCUGGCGCCUCCCUUUCUUUUUUUUUUUCUUUUCCUGUGCAGCAGAUGUUUUGUUGAUAAGGGAGGGAAGCAUGGUAGUCAGGGUUAUCUUGGGCGUGACCUAAUGAUGCGUUUGUACAGGAUGGGGAUGACGACCCAUGGGUCCUUUGGGAGGUGUUUGUUUUGUUGAUGAGGGCCAUGCUGUCUGUCGCUCGGUAUAUUGGUCCGUACUGCAGUAUGUCGGUGGGCGGUCUACAUGGUGUCGGUCGCUCAAUAGAGUUCCUUCCCCCCUGUGCUCAUGCUCACGUCCGUUCGCUGGUCACAUCAAACACUCUUUUGCACGCCAGAAUACACAUGCACCGGAGCGCACGAGCUCGUUUUGCGUUGCCAUGCAGCGUGAGAUGGUAUAAGCUCCACUUUAAUAAAUAGUAAUGAGAGGGGCGGGUUUGUAAAGAGGAGGAAUAGGAAAGUUUUAUUUGUUCUAGGGAUGUCUACAUGUAUGGCCCUAUACCGCGUUUGACAUAGUGCAAAGCUUCAUUCAUUCCACUUGCCCCUACACACCGACCCAACCUGCGUUCCUUUCUCGCCUUAGACAAGCAUCCAUGGUCACUUUUUCUCUUUUGCUGGGUCCAUCCUUGUGUAGGAAUGAAUCAGGGAGCGGGGAACGCACAUGCAAGGCUGUGUAGGUGGGCAGACAAGACAGACAGGCAGUGUGUCGAGGCCCCUCCCCCUUCCCUUGGGUCCACCUCUGCUCUCAGCCGGGCUGCAUUGUGAUGUACCCAAGCCAUCAGGGGACAUGGCUUUUUCUUACAAAUCCAGAUGUUGCCGUGUGUCCAGUGUUGUGUUGUCCUGUUGGUGAUGUGUGUCGACCUUAGCGCCCGAAUGCAGUGAAUGAGCUGUUUAUAUUGGAUUGUUUAAUGGUGGAUGGGAUGGGACCGAUCGAUCGCCCUGUAUUCUAUUUAAUUGAAUGAG